AGAGUUUUGAUGCUCGUACAGCCCAGCGUUAUUCGCAAUCCAGCAGUUGUCGCGAUCGGAAGCAAAUCGGAAAAUCUCCCUUGGAUUCCUAGAACACGCAGCCGAAAAAUUUGCUGGUUGUGUUGCCGCGACGUCGACGCCUUUCAAUUGGAUUCAGGGUUUAAUUUAUUGAAAUGUUGCCCUUUCGCUUGGGCCUGCUGCUACUUGGCGCCGUGCUAUUCGUGGCAAGCGCAAAUGGAGCUGCCAUCGAAAAUGAGGCUACUAGUCUGAACGACUUGCAGCGGGAGAAGAGAAGCGGCAGAGGCUAUUCGAGGGGACAAACCCAGUCUCAGUACUUAAACUUCGGCAAGCCUGAGGAGGAUGGAAAGGCCGAGGCGGAGGCCACCGAAAAUGGAUCUCGCUCCACUGUCUCUGGCACCCAUGGAAUGGGUCAGGCUCAGAGCCAGUUCUCAUCAGGGGACUGCAAUGGAUGUUCUGGCUACCAAACGGAUUACCCUUCUUCAGGCAGAAUUGUCGAUGCUAGUGGAUCCGGAGGCAUCGGUAGACCCGAUUCCAUUAUAAGCUUACCCGGAGGUGGAAUCGGUGGAGCGCGCCCUGGAUAUGGAACUCAAUCUGGUGUUGGGGGGCCAGCAGAAAGGCAACCGGGCUAUACAGGAAUUGGAGGGCAAGCUGGAAGCGUAUCCGGACAGCCGGGAUCAGAAAGUCAGUUGGGAGGUGACCAGCCAGCAGGCGGAGUCAGUCAACCCGGAGUGCAAGGUCAACCUGGUGUUGGUGGACAGACAGGAACAGGUCAAAUUGUAUACGGAAGCCAGCCUGGAUUAGGAGGACAGACCGGUGCCGGGCAACCUGGUUAUGGUGCUCUUCCUGGAGUUGGCGGCCAGACCGGAGCUGGACAACCCGGAUACGGAAGCCAACCUGGUAUUGGUGGACAGACUGGAGCCGGACAUCCCGGUUAUGGAAGCCAACCUGGAGUUGGCGCUCAGGGCCAACCUGGAGUUGGAGCUCAGACCGGAGCCGGACAACCCGGAUUCGGUGCCCAACCUGUCGGACAGACUGGGGCCGGACAGCCCGGAUACGGAAGCCAACCUGGAGUUGGGGCUCAGACUGGAGGCGGACAACCCGGAUACGGAAGCCAACCUGGUAUUGGUGGACAGACUGGAGCCGGACAGCCCGGAUACGGAAGCCAACCUGGAGUUGGCGGACAGACUGGAGCCGGACAGCCCGGAUACGGAAGCCAACCUGGUAUUGGUGGACAGACUGGAGCCGGACAGCCCGGAUACGGAAGCCAAUCUGGAGUUGGCGGACAGACUGGAGCCGGACAGCCCGGAUAUGGAAGCCAGCCUGGAGUUGGCGGACAGACUGGAGCCGGACAGCCCGGAUAUGGAAGCCAACCUGGAGUUGGCGCUCAGACCGGAGCCGGACAACCCGGAUACGGAAGCCAACCUGGUAUUGGUGGACACACUGGAGCCGGACAGCCCGGAUACGGAAGCCAACCUGGAGUUGGCGGACAGACUGGAGCCGGACAGCCCGGAUAUGGAAGCCAACCUGGAGUUGGCGCUCAGACCGGAGCCGGACAACCCGGAUACGGAAGCCAACCUGGUAUUGGUGGACAGACUGGAGCCGGACAGCCCGGAUACGGAAGCCAACCUGGAGUUGGCGGACAGACUGGAGCCGGUCAGCCCGGAUAUGGAAGCCAGCCUGGAGUUGGAGCUCAGACUGGAGCCGGACAGCCCGGAUAUGGAAGCCAACCUGGUAUUGGCGGACAGACUGGAGCUGGACUGCCGGGAUAUGGAAGCCAACCUGGAGUUGGCGCUCAGUCCGGAGCCGGACAGCCCGGAUAUGGAAGCCAACCUGGUAUUGGCUCUCAGACCGGAGCUGGACAACCCGGCGGUACCCAACCUGGAAUUGGCGGACAGACUGGAGCCGGAUAUGGAAGCCAACCUGGAGUUGGAGCUCAGACCGGGGUCAGUGAAGGGCAACCUGGUUACGGAGGCGGAAAUACAGGUCAACCCGGCUAUCUAAGCCAACCAGGGGUUGCAGGAUCGCCUGGAUACGGAAAUCAGCCAGGAACUGGGGUGCAAACAGGUCCCAGUGUAGUGUUACCAGGUUACGGAGGUCAACAACCCGGAUAUGGAACGCAGCCUGGAAUUGGUGGACAGACCGGAGCCGGACAACCUAGAUACGGAGUACAACCUGGUGUUGGUGGACAGACUGGAGCCGGACAACCUGGAUAUGGAGCACAACCUGGUGUUGGUGGACAGACUGGAGCCGGACAACCGAUUGGAGGGAAAUUUGGAUACGCAUCUCAACCAGGAAUUGGCGGUCAGACCGGAGCCGGACAACCGGGAUACGGUAGCCAGCCUGGAAGUGGCGGACAACCAGGAGCCGCACAACCUGGAUAUUGGGCUCAACCUGGUAUUGGUGGACAGACUGGAGCCGGACAGCCCGGAUACGGAAGCCAACCUGGUAUUGGUGGACAGACUGGAGCCGGACAGCCCGGAUACGGAAGCCAACCUGGAGUUGGCGGACAGACUGGAGCCGGACAGCCCGGAUACGGAAGCCAACCUGGUAUUGGUGGACAGACUGGAGCCGGACAGCCCGGAUACGGAAGUCAACCUGGAAUUGGCGUUCAGACCGGUGUCGGACAACCCGGAUACGGUAGACAAGCUGGAAUUACCGGACAGACGGGAGCCGGACAGCCAGGAUACGGCGGCCAGCCUGGAAUUAGCGGACAGGCCGGAGGUGGACAGCCAGGAUACGGAGGACAGGCUGCCAUAAGCGGAUUCCCUGGGUAUGGCUCUCAGCCAGGAAUUGGAGCACUAACCGCUGUCCCUGGUUUAUAUUACGGAUACGAAACUAAGCCUGGAGUUGGUGGACAGACCGGAACCAACCAGCACGGGUACGGUGGUCAACCUGGAGUUGGCGGACAGACUGGGGCCGGACAGCCCGGAUACGGAAGCCAACCUGGUAUUGGUGGACAGACUGGAGCCGGACAGCCCGGAUACGGAAGCCAACCUGGUAUUGGCGGACAGACUGGAGCCGGCCAACCGGGAUAUGGAUUUAUAGCUCAGCCUGGUAUUGGAGGGCAAACUGGAACCAGUGGAAGGCAACCCGGUUACGGAACCCAACCAGGAAUUGGUGGACAGACUGGAGCUGGACAACCCGGAUACGGAAGCCAACCUGGUGCUGGCGGACAGACUGGAGCCGUACUGCCCGGAUAUGGAAGCCAACCUGGAGUUGGCGGACAGACCGGAGCCGGUCAGCUCGGAUACGGAAGCCAGCCUGGCGGACAGACUGGAGCAGGACAGCCCGGAUAUGGAAGCCAACCUGGUGUUGCCGGACAGACUGGAGCCGGACAACCCGGAUACGGUGCCCAACCAGGUUUUGGAGGACAAUCCGGAUACGGAAACCAACCUGGUAUUGGCGGACAGACUGGAGCCGGACAGCCCGGGUAUGGAAGCCCACCUGGAGUUGGCGGACAGACUGGAGCCGGACAGCCCGGAUAUGGAAGCCUUCCUGGUGUUGGCGGACAGACUGGAGCCGGACAACAAGGAUACGGUGUCAUACCAGGUUUUGGAGGACAACCCGGAGCCGUACAACCCGGAUACGGGAGCCAACCUGGAAUUAGCGGACAGACCGCCGCUGGAAAGCCCGGAUACGGUGGUCAACCUGGAAUUGGUGGAUCGCCUGGGUAUGGAACACAGCCAGGAACUGGAGGUCAAGCAGGAAUUAGCGGUGGCCAACCCGGGUACGGAACUCAACCUGGAGUUAGUGGACAAGCCGGAGCCGGGCAACCCGGAUACGGAACCUUACCUGGAACAGGUGGUCAGGUCACGGCUGGCCAACCCGGAUACGGAACCGGAUCUCAACCCGGAAUUGGCGGACAGACAGUAGGUGGACAAGGUGGCUACGGUAGCCAACCCGGAAUCGGUGGAGCGCCAGUUUAUGGAACACAGCCAGGAGGUGGCGGCCAAACUGGAGUCGUUGGAGGACAGCCCGGACAGACCGGAGACAGAGUAGGACAACCAGGAUACGGAACCCAGACAGGACAAAUUGGGGCACCAGGUCGAUAUACAGAUGGAAGUCAAACUGUACCUGGUGCUGUUGGAACCGGCGGAGUUGUUGCUGCCGGUACCAGCGGAGCUGACGAUGCCUUCUCCCAAGCCGAGUCCUCAAUUGGCGACGGACAAGCCUCAGCAAGUGCUCAGGGCAAGAAGAAUGGAGGCACGGCCAAGACUCAGGUGUCGGGAACUUACAGCUCCGGCGGAACCUUUAGCGCCAGUGCAAUGACGUCCGAUGCUGAUCGUGCGGCCAGUGCCCAGGUUACCGGAAAUGCUGAUGGAGCCGUAAGUCAGUCGCAGGGAUCAGGAGGUCCUGCCCAGUCGCAGGCCCAGGUACAGGUGGCCAAGGACGGCGGCACCAAGGCCUCGUCGCAGAGCGGAGGCAUCAUCCAACAGAGCCAGAGCGAGGUGCACGCCAAUGACAAGGGCGGCCUGGCGGACGCCCAGUCGAGCGGACCCGGACAAACCUCCUCCCAGGCCCAGAUCGGUUUCCGACCCGGCCAGGAGGCCAAUCCGCCAGCAGCUAAUGGUGGCGGCCAGGCAUCGUCCUCAUCUGGCACUCACUCUAGUCAGAGUAGCUCGCAGAUUCACGGAACAUCCAGCUUUGGUGUUUCGUAUCAUGGUGCUGCACAAUCCGCGUCGGGAACCAAGGAGCAGGUGGCUACUUACAGGGAAGCCAACAGGGAACUCUUCAAUACCAUCAGUCAGUUUGGCAACAACGGGAAUGCUGUUACUGAUCGCGCUGAUGCUGUCUACAGUGGCCCCGCACUUACCGAUGAGUCCGACAGAGUGCCAGAGGCGCAACUGAAGUCCACCAAGCCCAAGGAGGAAGCGGAGCAGGUAGUGAACAAGCCAGACCAGCCGGAGGCCGUUCAGUACGAUGAUGAAGAUGAGGCCGAACCUGAUGAAUACGAUGAUGAUGAGUACUACAACGAGAAGCCAGUGAAGCUAGAGGAAACCCCAAAGUCGGCCAGCAUAGUGGCACCAACCGAAGCAACACCUAAGCCCAAGACCUACGACCAGUCGUCACCCACGCAAAGCCAACAGACAGUCGUAGUGCCGGUGCCGGGUGAAAAAUAUCAGGUGGUGCAAAAGCAGAACGGUAAGGCCACCAUCAAUGCUGAGCCCUCGACCACCGAGGCCAUACCACCGGGAUUCCGAGGAACCGUGAAUGUGGAAAAGAAGUUCCACACCAAGGCCCUGGAGCUGCACGCUCCCAAGGGAGUGGAGAUCACACCCGACACCAGCGACGAGGGUCCGGUCCGGGGUGACAAGCCCCUACGGCGUGCUCCUGAUAGCUACGUGACCGUCACCAAGUCAGUGACCGGCAGCAUGGACAACACAAAGAACCCACCGCAGGAGAACAAGAACUUCCAGUCCACCUAUUACACCAAGUCCUCGACCUGCGGCUACUUCACCUUCUCCUGCAACAUUGUCUACGGCGCCAAUGGAAGGAGCAAGAUCUGCCGUCCCAAGGCGCCCACCAAUGGAAAGUGCUAGGGAUAGCACAAUACACAUCCCACCCAUAUUAUAGUAGAUCAGUUCCAGAGGGGCUCAAUUUUAGAACAGCUCAACCAACUGCCAUCUACAAACCACCCAGUUGUAUUUUGAUGCAGCUUGCUCUUGAGCACUUAAGUGUUUUUUCGCAUAUAAUUAAAUGGUUUCACUGCCAAUUCUUGAAUAUUUCGUACGAUUUGCAACUGUAAUUAAUAUUUAAUAACAAAACACAAUAUGAAAAA